AUGCUUCUUGAAGGUGCUCGCUUGUCUCUAUUGCCCGGCCUGCUACUACAUCUGUCACUCUUUGCAAGUGCUCAACCUGGUCCUCUUCUAUCCUCGGUGCUCGAAACCCGGGACACAGACAGGCCUUUACCAGGACCUGUAGAUACAACAUAUCUUCCCGCUCAGAUCGGUGGUAUUGUUGGAGCAUACGCCGUCUCAUUGGUGCUGGUCGCCAUAACAUUGCUUGCUCUAUCCAAGAAGCGUCGUGAACAUAUAUCAGCUGGAAUCGACGACGCCGACUUCGCUGUCCGCAAAGACAUUGUCAGCCCCGACUUUCCGCCAGUAGCGCCUACAUCUCUGAAUAUCAUCACCGACCCCGAAUUCUUCAAGCCAGGCCUUCCGGAUUUUCACGAAGGUGGUAAUCCGUAUAUUCACCCGUCACCAAACUCGAGCAUCGGAGCACCUGGCACAAACCCUUUCGUGGACCCUCGCGUUGUCGCAGUAGACAGAGUCAUGGCUCAAUCCCAGCUUGAAGACAUGUACAAGCACGUGCUUGAGCAUGAGGAUGCAAAGAAGAGAGGAGUUGUAUAUGAGGUUCCUCUUCCUCCCACUGCUCACCACCAACCACGACCUUCGGCCUCUGGAUCAGCUCUGUCUCUGAAGUCUUCGACAUCUUCGCCCUCGAAGCGGGAGAAGAGCAAGCCGGCAACCCUCAACCUUUCGGCCUCUCGUGAGGAAAAGACCCAGUCAAGGACCUCUUCAUUCCUCUCAGCGCUCCGGUCUCCCAAGAAGAAGGCGGUCAAGGGCAUGAGUAUUUCAUCACCUCUCAUGACUCCCCAGACUGGUGAAUUUCCUCGACAGGAAUACCAAGAGAUGAAUGCAAUUCCUCCCCGACAAUAUGCUCCGGCCGCUCCGCCUCCGGUCCCCACCAACCAGGCCCCAUACGGAUCUCCAGCUUUCCCGGCCAAGGCCCAUUCGUCUCUCCCGACCCCGGAUAUCUCACCCGAAAGUGUCUUGAGUAUUGAUGAGCGUAUCGGAAACCAACUGCCUCCUCCUGGCCACCAUCGACAAGUAUCAUAUGCUCCUUCAGAGCGUGAUCCUGAGUCCGCCACCUCGGAGCACUCCCAGGUACCGCUUGUCGGUCUGCCAUCUUCUCCCAAGCCUGGUGCAAGAUUCCCGUCCGGGACUCUCCCAUCUCUCCCUGCAUCGCCCAAGCCUGGUCAGACCUUCCAACGCACCAACGCACCAUCAGCUGUCCGCACUGGUGGUUCUCUGCCCUUGCGUGCCUAUGAGCCAGCGCUGGCCUCGCCUAACACCAUUGCACACACUACCAAGCAGACAGUGUUUGAGAGGAAGGGACCACUAUCGCCCAGCGGAGCAAUGACUCCUCAUACAGCUGGUGCCGUGCCGUACUCACCUUAUCAACCCUUCACGCCAUGCAUGCCAGUGACACCGUCACUGAUUACCAAGGACGACCGAAAGAGGAUGAGACGUAUGGUGCCCAAGACUCCGACCCUGGAGAUGGUACAGAGUUCAGAUGACGUUUGGUAA